ACUCAGUUGCAUCGCGCUCGCUAUUACGUGCAACUGCUUCAGAUCGGUUGCACCAUUGGUUUAUUUUGUUUUUAAGUUUCGGAUUUAUCGGUUUUUUUACUCCCUCGAGGAGCACUGAAAAUCACACAAUGAUAAAUUAAGAGUUCACGGUUUAAGUAGCUAGUUUCCCCCAUUGUGUUGUCUUCGUGCGGAACUCUAAAAUUCUCGAAAAAUUUCAAAUUUUACGUAAAGUGUCCAACAUAACCUACAAAAUUAUUCGGUUCGUUGCAUUCGUCUGUGUUUGUAAGCAAAUCAACCCAAAAAAGUUUAGAAAUAUUGUGUCAUCAAAAUCACAACGUAAACAUCAACAAGAAAAUGGAUCGCAUUUGGGCCACAUCUAGAACGCCUAUAGAUAUAGCCAACUGACAGGCGCAAGUGUCAACAAAGGCGGCCAAAAGACAGGGAAUAGGCCAUAAAUUAUUUGGUUCAAGUGCAGUCGCCAUGAAUCUGUACACUCUAUACGAUUGGAUCACAUCGUUGCUCCGGCCGCCCAGUGCCAGUGUAAGCUAUAAGGCGAUCGAAGCGGCGUCCCUCGAAGAGUUGCCGGCAACAUCCGUGGCAACAGCAACAUCCACAGCUGCAACAUCACGCGCCACUGGAGUGGCAGCAGCAACUUGUGUGGAAGUUGAGUUCAUACCCACGCUAAAUAUCGUAUUUGAGAAGCCGACUUCGUCGAGUGAGCAACAGUCCGCCGAGAAAUCGGAACAUGUGGCCAGUGGUGUGUCCGAUAAGGAACAAGCAGAUGAUUGCGACUCCGACAAUGAUUCCACGCGCACGUACAUAAUUUCGCGGAGCAGUUGGACGGGGGCAACAUCGAGUAGCACCCCAUAUGCAGUUACAUCCACGGAUACCGCCGAACUACUUAGGCGCCAGAACAAUCUCAGUCUAACGGAAGACGAUCAGUCGGUGUCGUCGUUUAGCAUUGAGCAACCCACCAGUUCCAUGACCAUUGACAUGGCCGAUCAACGGACAACCAUGACCACAACAACGACGGCGGCAACAACGCCGAGCAGUGCCGCUGUUGUGGCCACAACGGCAACGACCACAACCACAACUAGCAGUAGUAUUGAGGAGGAGAUCGAAGAGGCCAUCGAGAUCAGUGAGGUGGAGGAGCAGCUGAAUACGCCACUGGAAUCUCUAUCGGAGGCGGCUGCCUAUGCCCGGCCAAAGGAUGAGCAAUCAAGUGCCAAAAGUUUGAGUAGCAAUCCGGCAGAGGAUGAGGAUGAGGAUGCUGAUGAGUUUCGCAUCGAUGAUGCCCAGCUAUCUGGUGGUCAUUUGGCUCAGCACUUCCUGGUCGAUGAGGAUGAAAGCGAGGUGGGUUCGGAUCUUCCAGCUGCCUCCAAAGUGGAGGUUAGUCUCUCCUCCAAUGAUGAAGACUUUGAUAUUAGUUUGCCAUUGGAGCAGAUGAAACCUGUGCAACAUUCCCUGCACGAGGAUGAGGAGACUGUAGAUCAAAGUUUAAGUAACCAAAGCACUACGGAUGAUGUAUCCGAAUUGGUAGAGGAACCAGUCCAGCAGAGGGAAGAUAAAACCGAAGGCAGUGAGGCCAUAAGCGCCAGUGCUCCUCAGGAAACUCAGGUGGACGAAAGCCAAAUAACCGAGGAGCAGGAUCACUCAAUGGAAGAAAUAGUGGCCACAAAUGAGUCGAUUGAGGUGACGUACGAGGCUGAGGAAACUCUCAAUACUUCACAGAAACAAGAUCUAAUCACCGAUUUGGAUGAAGAGCCAGAGGAUCAGGUGCAAGUGGACAUCAGACCCACUGCUACUUUGCAAGAAUUGAAUCUUCCUGCGCUGCAACAACCUCAGAUUGUAGAAAGAAAAGCUGCUACAGCAUUGACCGCAUUACGUCUGCAAGCAGAUGUGAUGGAGCCUUUAGAGUUGACCAUUCUGGAAAUGGAGGAAAAUGAAGAGGAAGAUGACGAUGAUGAGGAGAGUUCCCUGCAGCUAAUGAAGCUGCGAUUGAUGGCCAUGAAUCAGCAAAUGAUUGUGGACAAUGCACCCAAACUUUCGCCCACGGAAGCGGAGCAAACCCAAGUAACCAGCAGCGGCCACAAUUUAGAACUCAAGCAAAUGGAGCGAGUGCCCCUCACAGAGUUCUCCAAGGAUGUUCUGGAGGAUAUCACCGAGGAAAGCGAGAGAAUGCUCUCCCUGAGCACAACUGUCGAAGAGGAGCAGGAUCCGCCUUCCCUCUCCUUAGACGAGUCUAAAACUCUGCUGCAGCCAGGAGCACAUAAAGCUGGAGGCAGCAGUUCCAGUUUGGUGAGUCUAAACAUGCUUAAGCAACUGGAGGCCAAAGUGCAGGAACUGCACACCCAACUGGAGACCAAGGACAACUGUUUGGCGUCGCUCAAUCUGCAGCUUGAGACAGCAAGAAGAGAAUCCAGUGCGGGCCCAGCUUCGGCAAGGGAUUCCAGUUCGCUAAUGACCAAUUCGACAGAGUAUCGCACCCUUCAGGAUGAACUAGGCGGCCCCACAUUGGACAUUUACGUGGAGAUGUCACGGAGGGAUGAGUUGAUUGCCAAACUAACCGAUUCACUGCAGCAAUCGCUGAAUGUGCGUGACAAGCUGCAGGCGGACUCAGAUCGUCUGGGCGGCGAAGUGCAGAACUUGCGCAGGCAACUUCAAGAGACGAUCGAGGCAGUGAAACGUUCGAGUGCCCUAUGGCCAGAUCAGGAAUGCAAUCCCGGUCAGCGUAUCUCAGAGAUCUCCAUGGAUUUGAUUAGCGAAAGCGAUGAUGAUCUGGAUCGUCAUUUCCUCACGGACAACGAAGAGCGCGGAUCGCGCAGCUCCAAGGAAAGGCAGCUAUCUCAGUUCCAAACCAACGAUGAACUGGGACUGCAGACCUCUAACCCGGAGUGGACACCGGCAUUUAGCAAGCAGAUCGAACAGUUCCACACAUAUCUGUUGCCCACCGAACAACGCAUCUUCCAGAUGGUCCAGCGCAAGUUCGACGACUAUUUGAACCAACAGAUUGCCUUGUGUCGUGAUCUUGGCGCCCAGGAGCUGAAGAUUGCCCGCGAUCAGUGGGAGAGCGAGAAGCUGACCAGCGAACAGAACCAGCAGGCAGCUCAUGCCAAGCAAAUGGAGGAUCUGCGCAAGUACUUUGAGCACAAGUGCGCCGAUCUGGAGAAGCAAUUCUCGGACGAUGUCUUCUCGCACAAGUCACAGCAUCUGGCUGGGGACAGUUCAUCGGAGUGCUCUGAGGCUGAUCAGUUGCCCGAAGAAGCUGCCGCCGCAGCGUCCUCCAAGGAACCUUCUCCCCGCAAACGAAAGCGAGCUGAGCUGCUUCUUAGUCCCAGUCACAGGCAAAUGACUCCAUGCGGCUUGGACUCGCUGGGAGAAAAUACCGGACAAACUGGAAAAGACAAUACUGCGGAUAUAGCCGACCUCAAGAUCUUUUACCAAACCCACAUCAAGGAGCUAAAGCGCGCACAUGAGGAUCAGAUACGCAAACUGAGCGAUCGGAUCAAGUUCUAUGAGCGCCGUCAGGGUGAUGAUGACUACAAGCCUGCAAUCGAAUCAACCGAACGUACCUGUCCGGCUCAGGAAUCCGCAGAGGGGGUCGCGAAUACCUCCCUGAUUAUCAUCGAUGAGGAUGAGCUGAAUUUCAACAACGAGUCGCAGGUGAUCCAGCGAAUCAUCGAGGAGUAUGAGCGGAGAUUGCAGGAGCAGUUGACCUUGGCUCGGCAGGACAUCGCCACCGAGUUGGAGCAGCAGAUUCAGAGUUUGUUGUCGGAGAAUUCCGUGGACGAUCAGCAUUGGCCCAAGGAGCUGAUCUUGCUGCGCGAGAAGUUUACGGCCAAGAGUCAACUGGAGAUCACUCAGCUGAACAUUAAACAUGCCGAAGAGAUGUCGCGCGUGAAACUAGAAUUUGAAAAGCAGCUGAAUCGCAAGAACAAGCGCCAUCUGACCUUCGAUGCAGCCCGUGGCCUGGAGCAGGUGAUCUGCGAACGUGAUGGAUUGAGGGAGCUGUCCAAGAGUUUCCGCAGCGUGCUCUGCCGGCUGGCCAAGUGUGUGGCCAACUGUGAGGAGGAUUUGAAUGCCACAAUCUCCGAGGAGGUGCAACGCCUGCUGUUCCACAGUCGCAGUCAGGAUGGGGCUGAUGAUCUGGAGGUUACCCUUAGUGGCUCCCUAAAUAACACGAAGCAACUGCUUCGUGUGCCUGAUGUCCACAGUCUGCUGGAGGUUGUGGAGGAUCCCAGUUUGGUGCAGUUCAUCGACAGCAAGAGCAACGAAGAGCCAAGCGAGGACUUCGAUUUGAAUGAUUGUCUGGAGCGCUUGAAGUCGGAGGCUUCCUACCUGUUGCAUUUGUCAGAGGAUCUGCAUAAGCAGCGCACACACGAUGAGUCGUCGGAGCACUUGGACGAACCGGAAAAGCAGGAGCAUGAGCUCUGCUGCGAGGCGGAAGAUGGUCUGAAGACCACAGCUGCGGUGCAUCAGCAAGUACUGUCCAAAUUCCUGCGCACAAAUUCCUUGAACGAUCAGCAAAUGGGCGUGGCCAAUCAGAGGAAGAACAGCAAUCCCGAGGCGGGAAAAUCCCAUUCCUCCCUGCCUCCAGAUCUUCAAGAGCAUGCGGGAAAUGCCUCCGAGCUAUCCUUCCAGCUUGUGCAGCUGAAGAAUCGCUUGAUUAAAUCGGAAGCAGAUCGUCAGAACUUGCAACAGCAACUGAGCCACACUAUUGAUCGCAAUGCGGAGCUGGGACAGGAGCUGCAAGCACUAAGGGAUCAGCUCUCCCAAUUGAACUCCCUCAACCACACAGAUUACAAUGAGGGCUAUGGCUUGGGAACAAUGAAGAGCUUGCAGGAACAGGGCUUGGAUCAAUCGUCGGCCAGUUUCCUUGCCCUCCAAGAGAGAGCGCGUCACUUGCUUUCGUCCUCGCCGGUCAAGGAGCAACCUUCACGAGACCAGGGGAAUUCCACCGUUACCUUGUUGCAAAUGAUCGAAGACUUUUGCCGCGAGGGCGACAAAGUGGUGGAGUGGAGCAAGAAGGACCGCGAGGAUCUGCAGUCCCAGAUCGAUACCGCUGACAAGCAGCUGAAGGAUACAAGGCGAUUCCUGGAGGAUCAGGCCGCCGAGCGCGAACAGGAACGCGAUGAGUUCCAGCGCGAAAUCGAGCGGCUGAAGGCUCAGUUGCGCGACAAAGAGAAGGAGCACAGCUCCUAUGCCAAUGCCUCCGAGGAGUACGCACAACUUGAGAGUCAGUUCAGGGAGGUGAAUCAACAGUUGAGCGAGUCGAAUGCGAAGCGGGAUAAAUUCGAGGUGGAACUGAAGGCUUCAAUUGACAAAAUCUUCGUGCUGCGGGAGAUCAUCUCGGAGCUGGAAACGCAAGUCCAAACCAAGGCACUCAAUGAACAAGUUCUGGCCGAGAAGUCCAAGCAACUGGAGGAAUAUGUGAGCUUGCAGAUGCGGGACAACGAUGUCCUGCAGCAGGAGGUGCACAGCCUGAAGACAGACAUCGGGGAGGGCUAUCAGUCCCGUAUCAGAUUGCUGGAGGAGAAGCUGCAACAGAGCAGACCAACGGCAGAACAAGGUGUGGUCUUGAGUCAGGUUGCGGAAAAGUUGAGAGACAUUGAAACCACGCUGGAUCAAAAAACCAAAGUUCUGGAAUCUCUGCAUAACUCCAACGCAGCCUCCAAUUCGGCCAGCUUGAGUGUCACCGAAGAUGUAUCUAUUCAUGGCAGCAAGGAACCCACGGCAGUGGGUUCUCCCUCGCAUCCAUCGCUCACCGUGGAGGGUGUUCAACGGGUCACCGAAAAGCUGGACAAGCACACUCGCGUCGAGGAGGCGGCCAUCAAGCGGAUACGCGACCUGGAGAUGCAGGCUCAUCAAAUGCGCGCCGCUUGCGUGGAGCUCCAGCAUGAGCGGGACUCGCUGCAGGGUCGCAUGGAUGAACAGACCCAGCGUAUUUCUACACUGCAAAAUCGCCUGGAAGAGCAGCGCCAGCGGGCGGAGCAACUGCAUCGUGCUGGCACCUCCGACUUGAGUACCCGAGUACAUGAGCUCCAGGGUGAGGUCCAGAAUCUGAGCGAGCAGUUGGCGGCGCGGGACAAGCAGAUGGCCACCAUGCGACAGCAACUGGAGCGCAGCAAGGAGGAGAUAAUGCGACUGGAGGCGGAAGUCGCGGCUCGCACACAACCAGAUCGCAGUCUGGUGGACAAACUGAAGGCUGAAGUGCAGCAAAAAGGAGCGGAGAUCGGAAAGCUGAAGGAUAAGAUACGCACAGAGAUGAUCAACCGCCUGGCUAUUCCGGAUCUUAUGGAGACCAUGCUGGCGGACAAGAACGACGAGAUAGAUCACCUGCGCGAUCAACUGGAGGCCAGGGAGAAGGAGCUGCAGGCAGCUCAUCAGGAUGGCAGCUUGAUUUCAACCCCGGCGGGAGCAGCAGGAAAACAGGAGGGAAGUGGUGGCAAGUUGAGUGCCCGAACCCUAAGCGAUAUCGGAUCGAUUACAGAGUUCCCCGAGCCGGAUGUGGAGCGUCGGGCAGCCAUGCGAAGUAUGAACGCUCCCUUGCAGAUGAGCGAAGGUGCGGGCGGCUUCCUGCACCAGACAAUGGAAACUUCUAAGGAAGCCGUGGCCAACUUAACGCACAAGCGCACCGAUGACCUAAGUGGCUUUAUUGCCCCCUACCCGAUUAACACUUUCGAGCAUCCGCACUACUUCCAGGCUCUGGGAGUCACUGCCCAGAGCACCGAAGGUCUAACGCCUGGUCUGGUGCCGAGGCAGAUCAACUUCUCCAACCUAACAGAGGAUUCCAAGCUAAAGACGCCCAGUCUCCUGAUGCACACACCGGUAUUGCCCAGGCCAACCACUCCUCCAGAGAUUAAUCAACUGCGUGCGAAGCUAUCCGAUUUGCAAACCGAAAAGCAGCGACAGCAGAGUGACAUGGAGAACAAGUUACACGAUCUGCAAAAGGAACUGGAGCAGGAGAAGGAGAAACUGAGUCGUCAAGCGCAAAGUCUGCAGAGCUACGAGGAAUGUGAAGUGAAGUAUAGGCUCCGCAUAGAGACCCUGGAGGCCAAGGUGCUGGAAACAGCUGCCCAGGCGGCUUCUGAUCGAGAAAAUCUCCGCAAGGAACUGAUUUGUAUUAGUGCGGCGCAUGAACAGUGCGAAGAUGCAACUGCUGCUCGCAAACGGGAGUUGGAAAAACUUAAUACUGAGGUCAAGAUUAAGGCCGACCAGCUGCAUGCUGCUCUACGACGUUGCGGGGAUCUCGAACUGCAGGUUCUAACACUAGAACGCGAUUUGGAGCGCUUGAAGAACAGUGAAAACAGUUCGAAACAAUACUCGGUGGACGAGAUUGCGCAGCAGGUGGAAAAGGAAUUGAACUACUCUGCCCAGCUGGACUCGAACAUCCUGAAAGCCAUUGAAAGCGAAGAGGAAAACAAUCUGGACAAGAAGCUGCAGAAAGGCGUCCAAACGGAGGAGGAGACUUUGCCAGGAACGGGCAAUGGAACCGACGACGAGAACUUCACUGGCGAGCGGGAACUACUGAAUCAGUUGGAAGCCCUUCGUGCGCAAUUGGCCGUGGAGCGCGAGCAAUGCGAGGCAAUGAGCAAGGAGCUCCUGGGAGAGAAGCAGCACUCGCAGGACAUUCAAGAGCAGGAUGUGAUCAUCAUAGAAGCCAUGAGGAAGCGACUGGAGACUGCUCUUGAUGCCGAGGACGAGCUCCACAAGCAGCUGGAUCAGGAACGGGAACGCUGUGAGCGUCUUCAAACGCAGUUGACAUCCCUGCAACGGGCGGAAAGUAGACGAAACAGUUCCCUGCUACUGAAAUCACCGGGCGACUCGCCUAGGAAAUCACCACGAGCUGAUUUCGAAUCCGAACUCGGAGAUCGUCUACGCAGUGAGAUUAAGCUGCUGGUGGCGCAGAACGAGAGGGAACGGGAGCGAUCUGCGGAUGCCCAACGAAGCAGUGAGCGGGAACGGCAGCGGUAUGAAAAUGAGCUCCAGGAGAGAGUGGCGUACUGUGAGCGCCUGAAACAGGAAAUGGAGAAGCUAUCGCGAGAUAAGGAGUCCGCGGAAACAGAGUUGGAACACUUUAAUGAACGUUUAACCCUGCAAGCCAGCGAGAUCGAAAGUUUGGAGGCCAGGCUAGUCACUCUCCAGGAGGCGGAAACACGAAGGGCCAACACACGCACCCGUCAGCACCAAGAGAACGUGAAACUCCAGGCCGAGAUUCAUGAACUUAAGUCCAAGCUUUUGGCGGCGGAAUCAGCAAAGGAUUGCCUAGAACAAAAAGUCACCCAACUGCGUUUCGAUGUGAGUCGCUCUGGCCAGAGGGAGGCCAAACUAGCUGAGGCGUUGGCCCAGGCCAAUGAUCGAUUGGCUCAUAGCACCGAUGACAAUGUGCCGGCGCAGUUCCUGCAGAAGAUGAAGGAGAUCAACGCCCUGCUGGCGGAGAACACUCAGGAGAACCGGCAAAUGGCUGAGACUGUUCAGUUUUUGGUGGGCGAACGCAUUGCUCUGCAGAAGAAAUGCGAGGAGCUGGGUGGCGCUGGCAACACCAAUGUCACCGAGCUGGAGGAGCGCUGCCGGCAGCUGAUCGGUCGCUAUUUGCGAGUGGAGUCACAUCGGAAGGCGCUGGUCUACCAGAAGCGGUAUUUGAAGCUCACCUUGGAGGGCUACCAGGCCAGCGAGCAAUUGGCUCUGCAGAAUCUGAGGGGUGGAGCUGCGCAGCCUCCACAGCGAAACAUCAAAAAGAAGUUUAAGACGGUAGCCCUGGCGAUCAUUGCCAUCCAGCGAAUCAAGUACAUUGGACGCAUCUGGCACACGGGAAAGCGGAUUGUGAGCAAGUCAGUCUUCACAAUAACUCAGCAGAGAAGUCCUGGAAUGAACCUCAAUGUGGCGCCGCCCCAAUCCCCACUGCCUGGGCCCAACUCGAAUCCACCCACCAAUAACAACAACCUCAUGGGCCGCCUCAGUUAUGCGCCCCUCUCACCGCCGAUGGUCAACUUCAGCACCGUGCAGCCCAUCAUGCUCCCUUCGGACUUCACCCUCCAAGCGCCAACCACUUCGUUGCAAAGCACCAUCGCCCCUAACAAUAGUGAAAACAACCUGCCCUCGCUGGCCAGACUGGACUGGCCCACGAUGCAAAAACCAAAAAGAGCGCAUGCGCGGCACCAUUAGGCCGUGAAUGGCACACAGUUCCAUUAAGGUGAACUCAACUGAAGGCACUAACUUUAAGUGAAGCCAUAUCGAAGACACUGCAAGCAUGAAAGCAUCAAGGAUGUAGGACAAGCGAUCCAUUUUAGUGUUAAUCACCUGUACCAUUUCCCUCAUCAUUAGAUCUUAAGCUGUUGUAACCUAUUUUAAGCGUGCGCGCAACCACACCAAACCUAGAAGUGUAAUCGUCUGUAAGUGUUACUUGUAUUUACCGCCCAAAUG